AUGGAUCUGGCGACAGCUAAGGAAAAAUAUCUCGAGCUUCUCGAUGAAUUGGAAGGAGCUAGACUCUCCUCGUUUUUGGACUGGAUCGCAAAAUCUGUCGAAGAUGGGCAUGGAAAGUCGAGGAAAAAACGGUCCAAGAAGACACGAAAAGCUCUGUUGAAGUUGGAUCAGAUUGCCGAAGAACUGAAAGCUAAGGUUUCGCCAGAAGCGAUUAUGCCGACGGAGUCGAUAGCAUAUCCAACAGUCGGAUAUGAUUCAGAUUGUAAUGCUGUUAACACGCUACAUAUCGACAACUUUCUGUUCACUGAUGAUGAUGUUGAUCAGAUGGUGGACGAGGGAAAGGUCUCAAGAUACUAUUGCAAACAAUGUGGCUCUAAAGACCUGGAGGCGCUAAAUUUCAUCUCGCACUCCCUGUCAAAAGAGCAAAUUGAAUUCAUGUUCACAAGGCUCGUGCCGUUGCUGCAAAAACCGAGCCCAUUUAUUGUCGACAUUGGGUCGCGCAUGGGUGCAGUAAUUUUUGGAGCGAGCUUGUUGGGUGAAUCGGAUUGGAAAAUCGCCGGCGUUGAGUUGAACCCAGAGUUCGCCAAGUUGCAAAUGGAAUUCGUCAAGCAACACGCUUUUCCAAAUAUUGAAAUCUGCUGUUCCGAUGUGCGGAAUCAAGCUUCUCUGAUACAGACGGCCGACGUCGUGGUGAUGAACAACGUAUUUAGCUUCUUCAUGUCGGCGGAAGAGCAUGUAUCUUGCUGGGAAUUCCUGCACAAGAAUCUGCAACCGGGUUGCGUGAUCAUCCAUAACCCCGCGAUUUGCGAUAUCGUCGAACAUUUGCCGCUUUCUUUUAAAGUUGAGGAAUGGCUGCAGGAGAAACCAUUGUUCGAGAUUGCCUACGAGUUCUGUGGCACCGAGAAGAGCACAGAGUACGAAGAUUGCACACAGCUACACAUGUACCGUGUGAUUGGAAAUAGCAAAAUGGCGGACGGUCCUGGUAUUUCGAAGGCGCUAAUGGAUAUGAAGUUUAUGCAACGCACAAAGAAGAAGUUUGAAAUGAAAGAGGCGCAGAAGAAGGAGCUGGCCGAGAAGAAGCGUCUCUUGGGCGAGGGACCCAGCCAAAAUGAAGUUGUCGUGAAACAAGAAGUCGAUGAAGCGCCACAAUAUGAAUUCGUACGUUCUUACGACAAGCUGGAGGAUUUGCGGUUUGGCCGUUUUUCAUUCAAAGGAUUUAACCCAGAAGUCGAGAAAUUAAUGAUAUUCCACGAAAGACUACGCAAGGGUCUUCCAACUGAGGAUUCGGAAGAAGAAGCUGAAGUGAAUAAAGCGGAAAUGGCGGAAGCGCUCGGAGGUUCUUUGCGGAAAAAGUUUCAAAAGAAGGGUGAGCGGACGCCUCAGGAAGAGACGACGCUUCGGGAUGAGACGGUUGGAAGUAAAAUGGCGCAGAAACGGGGUCGUGACGUGCUGCCGGCAGGCCCUAAGCCUAAGAAAUGGCGC